AUGGACGACGCUGAUUCCCAAGGCUUGUUGAAAUCCAUGCUUGGAUUCUUUGGUCGAAGGCGCCCAGAAAGGCCGGUGCAUCCGGUAUCACUGAAAUCGCGGACGCGCGAAGCCUGGCUGCGAACGGACUCAUUUCUGCAGCACGAUGAAUUCGACGAAAUGGACCCGGAGCGCAUUGCGCAAACGCUUCGCGCGCUUGAAGGUUAUGUUCAAACCGACUCUGGUCUAGAAUCAGAUUCCGGUUUUGAACAUGAUGGGCCGUAUCCGAAGCUUCAGACAGUGCGUCGCAUGAUUACACGGCCAAACUACGAUCCGCGCGCGGACUCAGGCGUCGCCAUUCGCGUUAGCAAACGGGGGCGAGAGAGCGACGAUGUCAUUCAACAACUUUCGCAUUUGGACAGAGAUGCGAAGAAGCGCCGAGUUUUGCCUCCUCGUGAAGAGCCGAGUACUGCGUCCAAUCUUGAAGACCCCGAUGCCGACUUUGCCGUGUCGAUGAGGAGGCACUUGGUGUCCUUGGACAAUGCGUUGCGAAAACACUGGGUUUGCGUUUGCCAGAAGUGCUCAGGGUUGAGCGUGAGACUGUCGCUGCCAGAGCGCAAGAAAGAUUUAGGAGCGGAUAUGAGCUUUGAAGUAUUCUUUGGCGUGCGGUCCCUACCCGCGACUGCAUUGCAAGAAGCAAAAAUCACGGUCAAAGGCAUGCAUGAUCAUAGAUUGAGAAGCUUAUCAGAGCCGACACUUAGCAGCCCAACCGAGUUUGCCCAUAUAUGCCAAAGCAUCACAGAAUCCCUCGAUCAGCGGAAUUGCUUGCAUUUUGCUCUUGAAGGUGGAAUAUUUCAGAGGCUUCGCCCACAACCAAAGACCUUUGGCAGUGAUCGAGUGUCUCGGACGGUAUCGUUGUCCGCUUUGUUCAACCGUCAGCAAGAAUUACCCGGCGGUCGAUCUGCACUGCCACUCAAGGGGAAGCGAGUAUUGGCUCUUACACUGGCUACAGCCUUGCUUCCUUUCCUGGAAACACCGUGGCUGCAACCUUCUUUCAACCACUCUAAUAUUCAGUUCUUUGAGCCACUCCAGGAUGGAGAACUCCCCAACAUUACGAAACCUUUCCUGGCUCUGGAGCACAUUCCAAUCAUCUCAGCCCGUAGUACCAACAAUGGAGACAGUUCUCAAGCCUCUAAACACAUGGUUCAUCCCAACGCCAGUGUGUUGGCGCUAGGCAUACUCCUGUGUGAGCUUCAUUAUUGCACACCAGUGGAGCUGAUGCAAAAAGACGCGACUGCGCCCAGGAACGUCAACACUGAUUACUAUACCAGUCUCGACAUGCUCAAGACUCUCGAACAUGAUGCCGGUGUGGAUUACUAUCUCGCUACAAAGGCAUGCCUGCAGUGGGAGUACUUGCCCCCUGGACAGCAUGCCGACUUUGAAUCUGUGAGCGUCCAGCGGCUCUUCUAUCAGAAUGUUGUCAAAAGACUCGAGGCCGAGAUAUUCAAAUCCUGGAGUAUUCGACUCGAAAACCUGGGCUCGUUCGAUUCUAAACAGAAUGAACUCUGCUGGGGCGAUUUCGGCCGAGAAGUCGUCCGCUAUCAUACAGGCAAAGCCGACAUCUCUGAUGCAAGCAACGGAGCACGGGCAAAUCCGCAGCGUUCCAUGUCUGACACCGCGCCAGUGAGCUACACGUCCCUCAACUCAGAUGUGGUAUUACGGAUGUCGGCAGAACCAUCUUCGGGAUUGCACAUUCAUUCACACGUCGCUGAGCCUUCAGAAAACAGCUUGUACUUUUUUGAUGCAAGCCACCAGACGGGUCCUGCACAAGAGAGCCCACUUUCGAAACAAUGGAUGGAAAGCCUUGUGUCUUCGGUUUAUCGCCACGUUGUCCCUUUUGAUCAACUGGAACCUGGGGCCAAACCGGUGCGAAUAGCCAUUUUGGACUCCGGAUUUGACCCUCAAAAUCCACUCCUAAGGGAAGAUCGUGGACUUGACCCACGAAUCAAGGAUGCGCGAAGUUUUGUGAAUGGGACAGAGCCACAUGACACUCAAGACGAGAUCGGGCACGGCACUCAUGCCCUGGGUCUCUUACUGCAAGUUGCAUCAUGUGCUGAGAUCUAUGUUGCCAGAAUUGCACGGCGGGAGACUUUGGAUCCCAACACAUACAAUGACAUUGCAAGGGCCAUCAAUUACGCAGUCUCUGAAUGGAAAGUGGACAUAAUAUCAAUGUCAUUCGGGAUUCGCGAAUACAAUCAGCCUUUGACAACAGCCAUAUCUAAUGCUCUGAAGCAUGAGACACUGUUAUUCGCUGCGGCAUCAAAUGAUGGAGGAAAUUCGGGCAGAGCAUUUCCAGCUGAUUAUCCCCUCGUCUUUUGUAUACACUCAACCGAUGGAAAUGGCAACCCUUCCUCCUUCAACCCGACAGCGCAUGACAAAGACUUCAACUUUAGCUUACUUGGAGAAAAUGUCUCGUCUCACUGGCCAACGGGUAAGAACGGCGACGGUCAACCUGUCAAUAUUAUGUCGGGAACAUCGGUCGCGACACCGAUUGCUGCUGGACUGGCCGCAUCAGUUCUUUCUUUUGCCCGACAGCAGGACGAGCAAGCCGGCCACGUCAUUGCGGAAGCCGACAGGCUGGGACCGUGGAUGAAAGAUAUUCAUUCAAUGGAAUUGGUAUUCAACAGUAUGGUUCAAAAGAGGCGGGCAGGCUACGACUACAUCACGCCUCAUACACUUUUCGAGGGGGGUUUGUCAAGGGAGCGUGUGUAUGAGAAGCUCAAGGAUAUGCAAAGGAAAAUGUAUAAAUAG